ACAAGAGAAAGGUUUCUUCGCCUCGUAUUCGUUUGUCAGGUUUCGACGAAAGUUCAGUUCCCAUAAAAAUUAAUACUCGUUUUCCCUCUUUCUUCGCCCGCAAGAUCCAUUCAUCUUCUUCUUCGUCUUCGUCUUCCAGUUUGCCUUGCACAUAAUUAUUCUUUGAUAAAUAAGGGAUUCCUUAAUUCUUUAGUUCGUGUAUAAAAUUAUGUUGCAUAGGAGCUUCAAGCCCGCAAAGUGCAAAACGGCAUUGAAGCUCGCCGUUUCACGCAUAAAGCUUUUGAAGAAUAAGAGAGAAGCGCAAGUGAAGCAACUCAGGAGAGAGUUGGCUCAAUUGCUCCAGUCUGGUCAGGACCAAACUGCUAGAAUCCGGGUUGAACAUGUUGUCAGGGAAGAGAAGACGAUGGCAGCUUAUGACCUUGUUGAGAUAUACUGUGAACUCAUCGCAGCACGCUUGCCCAUGAUUGAAUCACAAAAAAAUUGCCCCAUUGACUUGAAGGAAGCAGUUUCAAGUGUAAUAUUUGCAACUCCAAGAUGUUCAGACAUACCUGAGCUCGUGGAUGUGAAGAAGCAUAUGACAUCUAAGUAUGGUAAAGAAUUUGUCUCAGCAGCUAUUGAGUUACGCCCUGACUGUGGUGUAAAUCGCAUGUUGGUUGAGAAAUUGUCUGCCAAAGCACCUGAUGGUCCAACCAAGAUAAAGAUAUUGACUGAAAUUGCCGAGGAGCAUAAUAUCAAAUGGGAACCCAAGUCAUUUGGAGAAAAUGAUGCAAAGUCUUCUCAAGACUUGUUGGUUGGACCAAGUUCUUCUGAGAAGUCUGCUUAUACAGCACCUUUUCAAAUCGAUGUUCAACCAGUUCAAGAUGAAAGGGGUCCUUCUAAUUUACGUACUUCCUCACAACUUAAACCAGUGCAUCAUGCAUCUACAAAUUCAUAUGAGCAGACUGCAAGUGGUGCUACUAGAAAGGGUCAGUCAACAACAUCAGGCCUGACUAAUCUAGAAAUCAGAUCUUCAGGAACUGGAAGUCAAGUAACAGAUUUUCAAGAUUCAUACUCUGAAAACAAGAGUGCUUCUCCUAUGAGUAGGCAGAAUUGGAACAUGGAAUUCAAGGAUGCUGCCUCUGCUGCGCAGGCAGCUGCAGAAUCUGCAGAACGUGCUAGCAUGGCUGCACGGGCAGCUGCAGAACUUUCAAACCGUGAGAACAUGUCAAGGCAAUAUUCAAGUGGAUCACAUACUUCUUCUGUCAGUGGGUUGAGAGAUGGAAGACCCCAAGAAUAUGCCUUGCAUGAUGACAAAAAAAUUUCUGCUGGGCCUGUUGAUAGCAAUUCCCAUAGAAGCAGUUCUGGGAUGCACAAUGAACAAAUUAAUGCUAGAGAACAAGAUAAUCUGGUAGGAGCACCCAAUGAAUAUUACAGGAAUAGUCAUGAGAACAUGGUGAAACAUGCCCAACCAGAUUCAUUAAUGUCUGGUAGUGCUUCUGGUGACGAUAAAUCAUUUACCAAUGGUUCUCAAAUGGCUGAUAUAUAUCAGCAUAAUAAUUCAUUUGAGCAAAAGAAUAGUGAUUUGCGUGAAAUGAAUAUAAAAGUACAAGCAGGCAGAACUGAAGAAGAUUUUGUGUCCGAUCUAUAUGAUGACAGUGAUUUGAAUACUGAAAGCAAUUAUCACUUUGUAGAUGCUAGGACAACUAGCCAAUCUGAAAAAGCUUCCUCUUCUCAUCCUGUUGCUCCAACUGAUGAUCACAAUGAUAAUUUGGACUUGAAUGGCUGGAAGACUAAAAACAAAGCGGUGGAAGACCUUUUUGUUACAGAUGAAGUAAACAAUCCGAGAAACAUUAUGGAAACAAGUUCUUAUAAUGAUACUUCUGUUGUAUUUGACGAUUCUGGAUCAGAGGAUGAUGAUUAUAAAUUUAAUGUAGAUAAGAAGUACAUUGGUGAGGGAUCUAAUUUGUUCGACUCAUCACCAGCUAGCAAAUCACAAGUUGAUCCAUUCGAAAAUUCAAAUUCUUGGAGACACAGGCAAAACAUUGAUGAUGAAAAAGUGACAAGUCUUGAUACACCGUCACAUUUUUCUGGGGUUUCUGAAAUAUUUACAAUGUCUGCAGUUUCUUCUGAAAAAGAAGACUUGCCUGUCACUUUUGAUGAUUCAGAUGACCCAGGUUCAGAUAGCGAUGCGGAUUUGGUCAAGUCUAAGGUUUCUGGGUUCUCUGAUUAUGGAAACUCUUUCCUUGAUCCAAUUGCAAGCCAUGGGGCUCUAGGGUCCUCGUCAAGAAAUGAUAAAAAUGCGGGUACUGACAGAAAGUCUUGGUUGUCACCAUCUUCAGUUGGUUCAGAUACUGUGGAGGAGCAUUUUGAGAGAAGGGUAGACACCACUACUGUGUCAGAGAAGAAUUUUGGUUAUAAUGACUUGCCAGCUAGUCAGCCACCUACGAAGGAGAGAAGCACUAUAUUGGGUUUGGAUCUUGAGGCAAACAAUGAUACUGAAACUCUGGAUGACAAGGAAUUAAGCUAUGGUACCUUGAAGGGUGGUCUUCGCAAUAAAGGUUUCAAGCGACCGCCUUAUGUUAAGAAUACAUUAGAUGAUGUUUCAUCUUCAUUGGGGGACACUUCAGUCCAGAAUGAAAGAUCUUCAGUGAGGACUUCAACUGGUUUUGAUGCUCCUGUUCAGGACAAGUACACGAGGGAAGUGAGCAGAGGUAACAGGACUGUGGGCUUGGGAUCACACAACAUAUCUUCUGAUUCUGAUAGUUAUCGUGUGGUUGCAAAUUCACAAGAGACUCUUACUAGUACUCCUGAACCCCGUUUUCAGAAAGAGCAAAGUGAAGUAAAAAAGAAAUCAAGUUCAAGGGCCUCUGUUGCAUACUUUGAUUCUGAAAAUACUGAUUCUGAAGAUGAAUUUCCAAAACAAAAUUCAGCCAGUCUUGCCCGUCCUGUUGGUGGAAUAUCUCGAAGGACAUCAGCUCCUUCUAAAGCUGGUACAGGUUUGAGUUCAAAGGACGCUCCUUCGUCCAAAGCUUCUGUGACUCCUGGUACAAAACUUGGAUGGAAAUCUUCGAGGACUUAUGAGAGUGAUAAUCUAAAUUCUUCAUCCAUAACGAAGAGCUCUGAAAAUUAUACAGGAUCUAGGCCAAGAUCAUCCGAAAAUAAAGCAUCUAAGCCUAUCUCACAACCUGAUAGAUCCUUUGAUGGAGAAAUUUUGAAAUCAUCUGCAAGGGUGCAACCUUCCAGUUCUCCUAAAACAGUGAUAAAGGAUAAUGAAGAGGGCCAAGAGGCUUUAAAUUCUCUACAUUCUUUUGGAGAUACUUCCUCUAAGCAGAAUGUUGGGCACGUUCAUCCGAAGUUACCAGACUACGAUUCUUUUGCUGCCCACUUCCUGUCUCUUAAGAAGGGUCGUCAAUAAAUUUCACUUGCUUGCGUAUAAGCAACAUGGCUACUCGUACAUAGUCUUGAUGGUUUAUCUUUCUUCUGCAGCCUGUAUUGUUACAUAUAAAUGCAUUAUUUAAGAUUUGUAGUAUUUGAGGAAUAAGGAUGGGAUUUAUACGUGUGUGUGUAAACUGAGUCAGAGUGUAUAGAUUAUACUAUCUCAUUUUUGGUACAUCUCUAUUUGAGGACUACUGAGUUGAAUAUUUCACUGUAAAUAUUCACCGAAUGCAUUGUAUGUUCAUUCAACUCAGCUGAUUAAUGCCACAUUUAUUCAUGCAUUUCGCUCAUUUACACCAUAUUCAGUUCAUAGACUUCAUAAUAAUUAGUUUUUAUGCUAGUAGGAUUAUUUGUUUGGGGAGCCA